AGUCACGAGCUCAGGCGCGCGCGUCCCGGAUGAUGUAUGAGUGCAGCCGGCGCGCGGCGAUGGGGUGCGGCGCGCCUCACGUCUUUCGCCUCCUCCUCCUCCUCUGGCUGCUGCCGCCGCCGCCUGUGUCCGUGUCCGUGUCCGGGGUGGCGGGCGUGAGUCCAGCGGCGCUGCCGCUAGUCGUCAACACCUGGGCGUUUAGGAAAGCAACGGAAACAGCAUGGUAUAUCUUAAAGUCAGGAGGCUCUGAGCUGGAUGCAGUAGAGAGAGGUUGCGGUCAGUGUGAGACUGAUCAGUGUGAUGGAAGUGUGGGGUUUGGAGGAAGUCCAGAUGAACAUGGAGAAACAACAUUAGAUGCCAUGAUUAUGGAUGGCAACACCAUGGAAGUUGGGGCAGUAGCAGAUCUCAGACGUAUAAAAAAUGCUAUUGGUGUAGCACGGAAAGUGAUUCAGCACACUAAACACACAUUAUUAGUGGGGGAGUCGGCCUCACUGUUUGCAGAAAGCAUGGGAUUUCCUUGUGAAGAUUUAACCACUCAGAAUUCUCUUUCAAUAUAUUUAAAGUGGCUUAAUCAAAGCUGUCAGCCAAACUACUGGAAGAAUGUAAUACCAGAUGCCUCAAAAUCCUGUGGACCAUACAAACAGGCUAAACAAUUAAAUAGUGAAGAAUGGAUCAACUCACAGAAAAGAAUAAAUAUUCAUAAUCAUGAUACAAUUGGCAUGAUUGUAAUUGGUGGUUCCGGAAAUGUUGCAGUUGGGACAUCUACAAAUGGUGCAGUCCACAAAAUCCAGGGUCGUGUAGGGGACUCUCCAAUAGCUGGAGCUGGAGCCUAUGCUGAUAGUACAAUUGGAGGAGCGGCAGCCACUGGAGAUGGUGAUAUCAUGAUGCGCUUUUUGCCCAGCUAUCAAGCAGUGGAGUAUAUGAGGACAGGAACAGAUCCAGCUAUAGCUUGCCAGAAAGUUAUUUCCAGGAUCCAGAAGUAUGCUCCAUACUUCUUUGGUGCUGUUAUCUGUGCCAACACAACUGGAAGUUUUGGUGCUGCCUGCAAUAAAGUUCCAGGAUUCACUCAGUUUCACUUCAUGGUUUAUAGUCCUUUGCUAAAUCAGCCAUCUGAGCAAGUAGUAGACUGCAUUUAAUUUUUUGUGUACCAACUGCAUUUACACUUAAAGACCAAGGAGGAAAAGAAGGCUGAAAAGGCUCACUGACUGCCAUUUUACAAAGUGUUUGCAGUUUCCUUUUGCACAGAUAUUUGAGGAAGAGUAAUGUAUGUGGAGAUAGCACAUAUCACUCUCACUUUUUUUAAUGUAUUUUGUUUUAUUACCAUGUCACCAGUAUGUCAGUAAACUUCAUCUGUAGUUUCUCAAUCUAGCAAACGAAUCUGUUAAUCUGGCGGGUUAUUUCUAGAUUCUGGUGGGUAAGUUGGCUUCAUCUACAGGAUGAACAAAUUUGACUUUUUUUUUUAGAUUCCAGGAUACUGUAUAGAGAUCCAAAAUAUCUACUGAUGAUAAAGUGGUAUUUCAAAAUACUCAGCUGGUGUAUGUGGAUGACUAUAGUUUAAAAUGGGAAAUGCCUUUUGGAACCAGUCUCAAAUACAGAUGAAAGUUUGCACGACUGUUGUACCAAGAAGAACUGGAGAACAAUUUCAUGUCUGAAUGGAGAGCAGCAAAGUAAGCUUCUGCUUUUGUGGUGAUGCUUCAUCGUUCCAUGAUGUUCAGUCACAGUGAUGCAGUAUUACAUUGCAAAUGUUAUCCUGCAGUGUCAGGAAGUUACUCUAUUUUGUGGCUUUCUGUGACUCAGGUACACUCCCUCCUUUCUUCCUUUAUUUCUGGGAACAAAUGAAGAUGUUUCUUAUUACCUUCCAAUCCCAAAGUGUUGGGUAGGAUCCCAGCAACUGACUCAUUUUCAGAAGAUGGCUUCCAUACUGUGCUCUCCUUUUCACUUCCCAUGUUGUGUUCUGUCAGCGUGAGCAGUGCUGCUGUGAUCAGCAUUCCAUUGCUGCCUAAGCUCAGGUAAAGCACCCAUCAGAUGUACAGAUUCCGAGCCCACAGGUCAGUUCUAGAAGAACUGUGGGUGGAAUAAGACUGAUUUUUCUGUAUUAAGUGUUUCACUGGCCAUAAUUCAUUUUUGUAAAUCUCUUAAUUUUAACAGUCCUUUUUGGCAACUGAACCCCAGAUUAAUAAAUUAGAGGUGAUAAGUAACAGUCAGCAUGGAUUUGUCAAGAACAAAUCGUGUCAAAGCAACCUGAUAGUUUUCUUUGACAGGGUAACAAGCCUUGUGUAUAGGGGGGAAGUGGUAGAUAUGGUAUAGCUUGACUUUACUAAGGCUUUUGAUCCUGUCUCGUAAGCAAACUAGGGAAAUGCAACCUAGAUGGAGCUACUAUAAGGUGAGUGCAUAACUGGUUGGAAAAUCGUUCCCAGAGAGUAGUUAUCAGUAGUUCAGUCAUGCUGAAGGGCAUAACGAAUGGGGUCAUGCAGGGAUCGGUUCUGGGUCCGGUUCUGUUCAAUAUCUUCAUCAAUUAUUUAGGUAAUGGCACAGAGAGUAAACUUAUAAAGUUUGCAGACAAUACCAAGGUGGGAGGGGUUGUAAGUGCUUUGGAGGAUAGGAUUAAAAUUUAAAAUGAUCUGGACAGACUGGAAAAAUGGUCUGAAGUAAAUAGAUGAAAUUCAAUAAGGACAAAUGUAAAGUACUCCACUUAGAAAGGAGUUGUUACAAGGAGGAGGGAGAAAAAUUGAUCUUAACCUCUGAGGAGAGGACAAGAAGCAAUAGGCUUAAAUUGCAGCAAGGGUGGUUUAGGCUGGACAUUAGGGAAAAACUUCCUAACUGUCAGGGUAGUUAAGCACUGAACUAAAUUGCCAAGGGAAGUUGUGGAAUCUCCAUCAUUGGGGAUUUUUAAGAGCAGGUUGGACAAACACCUGUCAGGGACUUUCUAGAUAAUACUUAGUCCUGCUUUGAGUGCACGGGACUAGACUAGAUAACCUCUCGAGGUCCCUUCCAGUUCUGUGAUUCUAUGAAAUUCUGGGAACUGUCCUUCUGAUGCCUAAGUGUGGAAAUACAGUACUUUCUCCCAUGUUUCCUCACUAGUCAUUAUAUAAAAACUUACACUGAUAGAUCUCUUGUCUGUGGUCUUUGGAUAUAGACAUUACUGCUUGAGAGGUAUAGAUUUGUUUUCUUUCUUUAAAUUACUAAUCAGUAAUCUGUCGCAAGUCAGGAUGCACUACAAUAACGCAACUUAUAAAAAUACUUCUCUUUUUACUGGCAAAAUUUAGCUUGGGGUUUUUUGGCUGCUAUUUAUUUGUUUGGUAGUGUAAUAAACUGUACUGUUUUCUGUAAACUUUUCCUAGCCGCAAGCAAGCUGCCACUUCAAAUAUGUCACUCCUUUAGUAACUUGUUACUGUUCUUGUGCUGGCUUCAAUUUUUUUUUUUUUUUUUUAAAUUAGUUUCUUCUCCCUGGUUUCUCAGGUUGUGAUAAUACCUUUACCCAUAGAUGGCGCUCAACUACUCCCAUUUGCGCAAGGUUUUAAAUAUUGAUUCUUGUAGCAUCAGUUUUCUCCAUUUAAUUAGAAUUUUCCUAUCCCCAGCCUGCCACUUGUAUUGAAAAUUGAAUUAUGAGGUUGUCAGUUCUCUUUGUAGGAUGCUUAGUAAAUGGAAAUGCUUCCUUUGUCCUUGUUCUGCUCUGUGAGUGCCCUGUCCCCUGCCCCCCUCCACACACACACGCUUUGUAGGUUACACCUCUAAAGGAGCAAUUGCAUGUAUACAAUGGAAUUUUAUCUUUAGAGAACAAAAUUGAGUACCUAGGACCCUGAGAGUGCUAUUUCUCAUUUCAUCUCCUACUACAUCUCAUUUGCAGAUACCAAGUUUUAUUUAUAAUGUACUGCCAUAGAUUUUUGAAGAUCUGUUUUAAAGAAUCUUUGAUCUUCCUUCUAACUUAGCAGGCUUGCUGAUCAAUUGAUUAAAUCAAGAGCUUGAGAUUGAUAAGGAAAUUUAAAAGGGGGAAAAAAGUAAAAUACUUAUGGUAUGAUAUGGUCAUUUUAAAUUAGCUCUGUCUACUUGAACAAAACCACUGGGUAAUGCAAGCUUACUUUAAUGUAUCUUAAUUUUUUGGUGUCCUUGAAAACUCUGCAUUAAAAUGGUCGUUGCCUUA